AAGCCUGCUGUCAUUGCGCCGCUCUUUGAGGAGCAGCUCGUCAAAGGUGCCGGUUCCCUGCCCGUCCCCCGCAGGCGCUGGUUCUCGGAAGGCCCGCGGGGCCGCCCAGCAUGAGGCUGGCACCAUGGGCUUUCUGGAGAACUACCAGGAGAUCGACCCGGUCACCCUGAACCUCUGCAUCCUCAUCGCCAGCUACGUCAUCCUGCUCCUGGUCUUCCUCAUAUCCUGCAUCAUGUACGACUGCCGGGGCAAGGACCCCACCAAAGAGUACGCCCCGGACCCGCAGCCCACCCAGUCCCCCAUCCGGCUGGUGGUGAUGCAGAGCUCCUCGGCGCCGCCGGGACGCUGGGACACGGCCAGCAUGGUCACCACCUACCACGAACCGUCGCGCUCCGACUUCAGGGAGAAGAAGAGCACCAUGGUCUGA